AUGUUGCCAGAGGUAACGGUUAUUUCUAAGGAAAUGGUUUUAGGAAAUGGGCAGAAUAAUAAUACUAUGGAUUCGAACACUAACACAAUGAAUUCAAAUACUAGCGAAGCAUCUUUUGGCAAUAUUCAGGAAUCAUUUGCAGAGUCAGUGGUACCCUGUGAGUUGAAACCUUCUGGUCCAGGAAACAAGCAGAACACUCCGCCUAAAAAAAUACCCUAUAAUCAGAAAGUAGAACAAGAUUUAAUAUGCGAAUUACUUGAAUUUAUCAGAUGUCAUGAUUUUACAUCCUUACCGAAUUCUAUAUCUAGCAAACAUAUUCCAGAUGUUCCAGUCGUCACCGAUCUAACUUCAGGUUCUGUAUCUCAUUUAGCUCAUUUAUUCGACAAGGCUGAAAAAACUGGUCAGAAAGAAAAAUUACGAUGGUAUUACUAUAGCGAGGAAUACGAAAAAAAGUCUGAAUCGAAAAAAUUGGAUACUAAAGUACCACCUAUUCCAUUAGCUCGUGUCUCUAAUAAUUCUUUGGGUGAUUCCUCUAAAAUAGAUCCAGCCAAUUCGCCCAAAGCUGAGGUGAGUACAUCAUCCACAACUUCUUCUAGUCAGAUAAAUAAAUCUAACCAAUCCAGACUUCCGAUUUCUAUUUUACCUGAUGAUCCAGAAGAGAAACGAAAACAUAUAAUUGGGUUAGUGCUAGAGCGGUUCCCUUCUCUAUAUUUAAGCGAUAGUAGUGAAUACGGUGAGCGAUUUAAUCUUAAUAGUUCAACGCUCUGCCCACUAUGUAAUGGAGAUCAUAAAGAAGAAAGUUUAUGGAAUGAUAUAAGAG